CCAAGCCUUAGUAAUUUGAGAACAAAACAAGUGUUUCGAAUAGAUUAUCCUAAGUCUUUGGGAAUAGUGCUGCAAUGGCUUCAAGUCAGGAGGAGGUGACCCUUUUGGGAGCUACUGGAAGCCCAUUUGUGUGCAGGGUUCAUAUUGCCCUCAAGUUGAAGGGAGUUGAAUACAAAUAUGUCGAAGAAAAUUUGAGGAACAAGAGUGAACUGCUUCUCAAAUCCAACCCAGUUCACAAGAAGAUUCCAGUGUUUAUUCACAAUGGGAAGUCCAUAGCAGAGUCUCUUGUGAUUGUUGAAUACAUUGAUGAGACAUGGAAGAACAAUCCCAUCUUGCCUUCUGAUCCUUACCAAAGAGCCUUGGCUCGUUUCUGGUCCAAAUUCAUUGAUGACAAGGUUUUUGGUGCUUCAUGGAAAGCUGUUUUCACAGCUGAUGAGAAAGAGCGUGAGAAGAAUGUUGAGGAAGCAAUUGAUGCUCUGCAGUUUCUUGAGAAUGAGAUAAAGGACAAGAAGUUCUUUGGAGGUGAGGAGAUUGGGUUGGUAGAUAUUGCUGCUGUCUACAUAGCAUUUUGGGUCCCUAUGGUUCAAGAAAUUGCAGGGUUGGAGUUAUUCACAAGUGAGAAAUUUCCUAAGCUCCACAAUUGGAGCCAAGAAUUUUUGAACCAUCCAAUUGUCAAAGAAAGUCUGCCCCCUAGAGAUCCUGUUUUUGCCUUUUUCAAGGGUCGCUAUGAAAUCCUUUUUACUUCAAAAUAGAUUUGAUGAUGUGGUGUGAGACGUAGAAUUUCUAAGAAUUAUGUGUUUGUUAUUGAGUUUUUGCUGUUAAAAUGAUGCUUGUAAGUUGUAAUCUAGAAUUUCUCCAUGUCAAAGAAAUAUUCCAAGGUUGUUAUUGACAUUUUGCUAUUUCAAUGAAUAAAUUAUAUUGCAUCUAUCUA